UUGAGCUGCUGUGUAAAGUGAUGUGACCACCCGAGGAUUUGUGAUCUUAAUAGCCUUAAUAAUUCAGAACGAACCUCGCUUUUAUAGGUGGUGUGAUUAGACCUCUCGGGUGAUAAUUUCACGAUGGAGUCGACCGUAGCUAAUUCUAAUAAUCAAAAGAGUGCCGAGGAGAAAAGCACCUUGUCGGCGGCGCAAAGGAGAGCUGAGAUACGAAGGCGAAAAUUGCUGAUGAAUUCAGAAGACAGAAUGAACAGGAUCGUUGGUUUUGCCAAAAACGACACUGAAAUCGAUGCAGGGGCCUCCCGGCGUCUAACAGAGCCCAGAUUCCAUCUUGAUCUUGACAGAACGGAGACAUGGCCUGCAUCAUCCUCAGCCUCGCCCAGACCGUCCCCCUUCCUCCCCGAAGCCUCUGUUCUUAGUAGCCACUCACACAGUAGCACCCCGGAGAGGAGGGGUUCCCCCCUGCCGGACUGCACUGAGCCCCUGCUGGAGGACGAUGCGGGAGUCAGACAGAGAUCCAGGGGCGAGCGGGGAGUGGACGACCCCAGUGGAUCCCCUCGCCGAGGCCUGCAGAAGUACUCGUCCCGUUUUGAUGAUACUAUGAAGCUCCGAAGCCAGCUGGCGAAUGAGAAACCAGCCCAGGGUGGCGGUUCUGACACAGAGGAAUUUGAUUCCUUUAGAGUUUUCAGGCUCGUCGGAAGCGUCCUCCUUGCCAUCUUUGUCAGGGUCUUUGUCUGCAAGUAUCUGUCAAUAUUUGCUCCAUUUCUUACCCUUGAACUGGCUUACAUGGGGUUGUACAAAUAUUUUCCAAAGGCUGAGAAGAAGAGCCAGACCACUGUGCUAACUGCUGCCCUGUUGCUGUCUGGUAUUCCAGCUGAGGUCAUAAACCGCUCCAUGGACACCUACCGCAAGAUGGGCGAUGUUUUCUCUGACCUCUGUGUCUACUUCUUCACCUUCAUUCUGUCUCACCAGAUCUUGUUACUCACAGGCUCAGAGACUCCCUGAUCAACGGCGACAACCUCAAAAACCUUCUUUCUGUCCUUGUCCCCCCCACUCCUAUUUAAAAAAAAGACAUGCUUAUUUAUGCAGGCUGUCAUAGGCUUUGGAUUGACGGGGAGGAAACUUGACUCUGCCCUUCAGUCAGGGCUGUAUGUAUGAGACUAGUGCUCAUUGUGCCAGUGCUUCAGCUUUCACCGAGGCAGUGGUACUAAAUCAUGUUCCAUGCAAGAGCCAGACGUGUGCAUGCAGGUUUUCAUUCCAGCUUAACACUACAACAACUGAUUUUACUAAAAUGCUGUUGAAGUUGUGCUUAUUUGUGAAAUCCAAUGGUGUAGUGUUGUUAUGAAAAUCCACUUACACGUGGCCCUCCAUGGCACAUGAUUAAGUACCAGUGCACAAGGCAAAAUAGAUGUGAUGAGAGGGUCUAGUAUUUCCCUACAUAUCCUUAUAUCAUUUGUGGUGACGCCCUCCCUGGAACAUGAGUUGAAUAAUAGAAAAAUAUAAUUGCACAAUGAAGGUAUGACACCAGUUAUCGUCCGGAGGGUAAAUUAAUUUGUAAGGCCUAUAAAGAAAACAUGUAUCAUAUAUAAGCAAAAAUGCAACACGUUUACUAGAGUGCAACUCUCCCUGUAGAUACAACUGGCACUUUUUAUAAGUGUCAAAUCAACGUUGGGCUGUCAAGUUGUGUGUCUGGGACAGGGCUAACCUGUCUGAUAUGAAUUGGGGAAGCCACAAAAGAAAGUUUAUGUAUGGAGAACACUGGAGUCUCUACAUCUUCCUUACCUCCAGAAAGCACAUAAGCAGGGACUGGAUGUGUCUCAUGGUGAAUCAAUGUCAUCUUCAAGGAGCACCAACACCAAACGUCCAGCCAAAUACUAGUCAUAUUAGAUGUUGGCUAGUCAGUUACAUACUGCAGUAUCCAUUAGAGCAGUUAACCAACGAUUGAGGGUUCCCCUAUUCUAAAACCAGUUCUGCUGUUAAAUUAGAUGGCUGUAAAACUUUGGAAAAUCCCCACCAUCAAAGGACAGAAAAAAACAGUAUCCUACCCAACAUACAAGACUACUAGUGCUUGUCAGGUCCUGGGCUCUUGACACAUGUCAUUUGGCCCUGAGAUGUGAAAUGCAUGGUAUGUCAAAAAUUGAAUAACAAUCAAGUCCAAAGGGCAAAUCAUAUCAUGGGAUAAUGGUAACGGAAUACUAGACCCUGAACAUUUUGCACAAUGCAUUGAAUAAUUGAUCAUGGUAAAAGACAUUUUCACUUCAUUAAGUAAUUGCCAUGUCUU